AUGCCGGCCGAAGGCCGGGCCGCCCGCCGGAGGCGGCCGGAGCGCCACCGGCGUGGUAAUUGCAAGCCUCCAUUAUACAAUGAUGCAGGCACCUCCACCAGAACUAUCCCUUUCACUUACUCUCAAAAUCCAACUCUUGUUCCUCCAUCUUUUCCAACUCCAAUUCCUUCAUACCAAUUGACUCCUAUGAAAUUUUCUUCUGAGAUGAUUUCAAACAGUGCCCCUGUGACAUCUACUGUCUACCCUUUUGGCGCAUCUUCUACCCCAGCUAGCCCCAAACACCAAAACAUUGAUACCCCAAUGAAGUUCCAACCUUUUGCACAAUCUCCAUUCAAGGUGCCAACUACUUCAUCUUUCAAAAUAUUUGGGGUUCAAGUACAACCUAGGAUUGAAAAAGAAAAUCAGGAUGAAAGGUUGAUUGAUUUGGAACUCACACUUGGAAUUGGGAAAGGAAGGGAUUAG